CAGGGAGGCGACGAAGAAAAAGGAGGCCACACCCACCCACCAUGGCCGUGCCAGUAGAAUCUGGCCAAUCCAGUUGCAAUAAAGUAAGGUUACCGUACCACUACCACCCUCGUGAGCCCCCGCCGGGGCCCGCGAGGGGGAAAGCUCAAAGCACCUCGCACGCCAUGCCAUGACACAACACUCUCUACUCCACUACAGCGCGCCAGCAGGCUGCCUCCUCCUCCUCCUCCUCCUCCUCUCCCCCGCUCGGGCUCGGCAGUCGCCUCCCUCCCUCCUCUCCCGCCCCCACUAGUCAAUACUACUGUGCAGUACGCCACCCACCACCUCUCCAUUAAAGAAAAGCGGAGGCAGGUCUGCGGAGAGCUAGGGGCUGAGCAUCAGAGCAUGACGUCGGGGGCGGCCGCAGCGGCGGCGGCGGCGGGAGCGCUGGGUCGGACGCCGACGUGGAAGGAGCGGGAGAACAACAAGCGCCGGGAGCGCCGGCGGAGGGCCAUCGCCGCCAAGAUCUUCACGGGCCUCCGCGCGCUCGGCAACUACAAGCUGCCCAAGCACUGCGACAACAACGAGGUGCUCAAGGCGCUCUGCCGCGAGGCGGGCUGGGUCGUCGAGGACGACGGCACCACCUACCGAAAGGGAUGCAAGCCGCCGCCGGGGAUGAUGAGCCCGUGCUCGUCCUCGCAGCUGCUGAGCGCGCCGUCGUCGAGCUUCCCGAGCCCGGUGCCGUCCUACCACGCCAGCCCGGCGUCAUCCAGCUUCCCGAGCCCGACGCGCCUCGACCACAGCAGCGGCAGCAACCACCACCACCACCACAACCCGGGCCCCACUGCUGCCGCUGCCGCGGCGGCGGCCUCCUCCCUGCUCCCGUUCCUCCGGAGCCUGCCGAACCUCCCGCCGCUCCGCGUCUCCAGCAGCGCGCCCGUCACGCCGCCGCUCUCCUCGCCCACGGCGGCGUCGCGGCCGCCCACCAAGGUCCGCAAGCCCGACUGGGACGCCGCCGUCGCCGACCCGUUCCGGCACCCCUUCUUCGCGGUCUCCGCCCCCGCCAGCCCCACCCGCGCACGCCGGCGCGAGCACCCGGACACCAUCCCCGAGUGCGACGAGUCCGACGUCUGCUCCACCGUCGACUCCGGCCGCUGGAUCAGCUUCCAGGUGGGCGCGGCGACCACGGCGCCCGCGUCGCCCACCUACAACCUCGUCCACCCGGCCGGCGGCGGCGCGUCCGCCUCCAACUCCAUGGAGCUGGACGGGAUGGCGGCCGCGGACAUCGGCGGCAGGGGCGGCGGUCCCGCGGAGUUCGAGUUCGACAAGGGCCGUGUCACGCCGUGGGAAGGCGAGCGCAUCCACGAGGUCGCCGCCGAGGAGCUCGAGCUCACGCUUGGCGUCGGCGCCAAGUGAAGCGAGGCGACGACGGCGCUCGCAAGCAAGCUCGGAUCUUUGAGCUCCCGUACUGAAAUGUCGUGAGCGUCGACCGUCCGGUACUAUCGCGAAAAAAAAAUGGCUGCUGUGUGAGAUCGGCAGCGAAAUUGUGUAGUAGCCGGCUAGCUGCGUGAGGAAUUGUCGACGCAUUCGUGCUGCGAUUCGAUCGGGGGAAUAUGUCGGUGUAGGUGUAGGUGAUGCUGUUGUUUCAUUCAUGGACUGGGAAAUUGAGGUGAAUCAGAACAAUCGUUUGUUCGUUCGUUCGUCUGGAUUGAAUUAUUGAUCACAGAUGUAUGGUGACUCUUUUGGAUGUACUGGUAGCUCGUUCUUUUGCCACUUUUUACUGUUUGUUCUGUGUAAUGUAACGCCUCAAAAUGCGUGACCUCGUGGGUAAAAAGAGAUGAGAUGGGCUGAA